UUCUAGUUUUUGGUUUUAUAUAAAGCGAAUAAUUAAAGCGUCUCCUCUGCCGAUCGCCAUUGCAAGUAAACAGACCAAACUACCGCAAGCAAAGCGGCAAAAACCCAGAUAAACGCACUGCCAAAACAGCAUAAAACCCAACCCCCACAACCGGCCGGCCGACUUCAGCCGCACCUCCGACCUCAGCCUAACCUCCGCCCUCAGCUAAGCCCACAAAACCCACAAAGCCCCACAACCGAAAGACUCAAUCUUUAUUCGCAUUUUGGAUUUUUGGGCGAUGCUUUGAAUAAGUGAGGAGCUUCAGAUACCCAGAUGCAGAAGAAGAGGUGGGCAGCAUUGUCCGCACUGAGGAAGGUGCUAACGUGCGCGAUAUGCUCAAUAGCGCUAGUGGCUCUCUUCUCUGUCCAUGUACUGGUCUUCCCUUCCUCAAGGGUCCAUGACUUCUCUGACCCCUUCAAGCUCCCCACGCGGGAUUUGGAUUUUGAUCGUCGCUAAAAGUACGGUUGUGGUCUCUAAAUAUACAAAGAGGCAACAUGAUAUUAAAUAUCAGAAGCUGAGCGCCGAGCAGAGCUGGACACUGGAGAUCGCUCCGCCCCAUCUGUUGAAAGCGCCUCUGCCUUCUAGCUCUCGCAAGUUGGAAGGUUCAAGUGGGAUUUUGGAAACUGACAAGCUAUGGAAACGUCCAUCAAAUCAUGAUUUUGUGCCAUGCGUAGAGCCAAGUCCCAAUUAUACAUCUCCUACAGAGUCACGGGGUUACCUGCUAGUUCAUACAAAUGGUGGGCUCAACCAGAUGCGUGCUGGGAUAUGUGACAUGGUAGCAGUAGCCCGUAUCAUAAAUGCUACUCUUGUAAUUCCGGAACUUGAUAAACGGUCAUUUUGGAAUGACUCUAGCAUCUUCUCAGAUGUUUUCGAUGAAGAUCAUUUUAUCAAUGCUUUAGCUAAUGAUGUCAAAAUUAUAAAAAAUCUUCCUAAGGAACUAGCUACUGGUAUAAGAGCGGUUAAGCAUUUUAGAAGCUGGUCUGGUAUGGAUUAUUACCAAGAUGAGAUAGCUGGCCUCUGGGAAGAAUACGAGGUUAUUCGAGCUGCCAAAUCUGAUUCUCGCCUGGCAAAUAACAACCUACCUCUAGAUAUACAGAAGCUUCGCUGCCGUGCUUGUUAUGAAGCUUUACGUUUUGCACCUCAAAUUGAAGCAAUGGGAAAAUUGUUAGUUGAUCGAAUGAGGUCGUUUGGUCCUUAUAUUGCUCUGCAUUUACGAUUUGAGGAGGACAUGCUUGCCUUUAGUGGAUGCACACAAGAUUUAUCUCCAGAUGAAGCUGAGGAACUAAGGAUAAUUCGAGAGAAUACCCCAUACUGGAAAGAGAAGGAAAUUGAUUCCACAGAACAGAGAUCCAAAGGGUAUUGCCCUUUAACACCAAAGGAGGUUGGAAUUUUUCUCACCUCUCUUGGGUACCCCUUGAACACACCUAUAUAUCUUGCUGCUGGGAAGAUAUAUGGGGGCGAGUCUCAUAUGGCUGCUCUGCGGUCCCGUUAUCCAAUACUGCUGAGCAAGGAAACAUUGGCAUCUGCCGAGGAGCUUGAACCUUUUACCAAUCAUGCAUCUCAAAUGGCUGCGCUUGACUACAUUGUUUCAGUUGAAAGUGAUGUAUUUAUACCUUCAUACUCUGGAAACAUGGCGAGAGCAGUCGAAGGUCAUCGUCGAUUUCUUGGACACAGGAAAACAAUAUCUCCUGACAGAAAAGCCCUUGUUCGCCUGAUUGACAAACUUGAGCAGGGCACUCUGAAAGAGGGCAAAAACCUAUCAAAUAGAGUUAUUGAAAUGCACAAGAAACGGCAAGGCUCUGCGCGGAAGAGAAAGGGUCCCAUUUCAGGAACUAAGGGCACGGAAAGGUUUCGUUCAGAAGAACCCUUUUAUGUGAACCCUUUACCAGAUUGCUUGUGUAAGAAGGAAUUCCCGAUACGAGCAACUCUCUAAUCGUCUCAGAUAGUGAAAUGGUUAAUCUUGAGAAAAGAUUCCUGUGCUGGAAGGCUGGUGAGACGAUCAUUCUUUGCAGUUUAUUGGAAGUUUACAAACUGGUGUUUCACUUGUACGCACAGGGACGCAGAGUGUGUGUAUAUCCUGAGUUUAGGUAGCUGGUGGGUAUGGGGGCGGUAUAUCAUAGUGUUGAUGAAGAGCAAACUGCUAGAGUAGGGUAUGCAGGUGAGGGAACGAGAUGCCGGGGACGUGGCCUUCCAUUUAUGACCAAGGCAAUAUUUGUUGUGAGCUUUGCGAAGUUGGCCUGGUUUCUACAUUUUCUGGAAUUAGAGAAAAAUGAUUCAUUGGGGAUACGAAAAUAGUUAAAUUGUUUGUUUCCAAAAGUUAGAGGCACUCUUCCAUGUACUCAUAGUCAUAAUCGAUGCAAUAUAAGUUAUGGAUUUUGUUUGUUCUCU